AGGGUGAGUGAGCGAGAGAGAGAGAGAGGGAGAGGGAAGGAAGGGGGAUAACGACUGAAACAGAAAGAGAGAGGGAGGGGUUGGGAAAGAGUGAAAGAGGUAGAGAGAGAACGAAAGACACAAAACUUGUGACUCGACAAAAGAGGGCAGGUACCAGAGGCAGGACUAUGAAGGCCAGCGUGGAACUCCUCACUGCACUGGCUGUGUUACUCCUAAUGGGCACAGUGAUCAGCCAAAGAACCCGGCCAAAGAAGCCCACAAAACGCCCAUUUACCACCAGGAAGCCUUCUGUCCCCAAGCCUGCUGCACCAGUACAACCAGAGCCCCAGGAACCUACAGACUUCCCCCCGCCCAUCAUGGGCCCACCUUCCAUCUACCCCGACUGCCCCCGAGAGUGCUUUUGCUCUCCAUCCUAUCCAAAUUCCCUUAACUGUGAGAACCGGAACCUCCGUGUGAUUCCUGUCAUCCCAUCCAGAGCCCACUACUUGUACCUACAAAAUAACUACAUCUCAGAAGUGACAGCAGAGCCAUUCCAGAACACCACUGACCUCCGUUGGAUUAACCUGGCUAAUAAUCGCAUCCAACGAAUAGACAAACAGGUGUUUGAGAAGAUCCCAGGACUGUUGUACUUCUACAUACAGCGUAAUGAGCUCAAAGAGGUCCCUUCAGGUCUCCCGACAACCCUGGAACAGCUGCGCCUUGCUAAGAAUCAAAUUUCCAAGAUCCCUGCUGGUGCCUUCAGCAAGAUGGGCAACCUCACCCUGCUCGACCUGUACCACAACAAGAUCAGUGACAGCAGUCUGGGCAAGAACACAUUUAAAGAUCUGUCAAGUCUGAUGCAGCUCAAUCUAGCUCACAAUGCUUUGAAAAAGAUGCCUAGUGGUGUACCCAGUGGGGUCAUCCAGCUUUUUCUGGAUAAAAAUCGUAUAGAAGACAUCCCAAAAGACUAUUUCCAGGGCUUCACUAACCUGAUGUUUGUGCGGAUGAACAACAACCAGUUGAGUGAUAAAGGCGUUCCUAAGGGCGUGUUCAACAUAUCCACUCUGCUGGACCUUCAACUGGCUCACAACCAACUCAGCUCUGUUCCUGUCUUCAAUGCCCACCUGGAGCAUCUGCACCUCAACCACAACAGCAUUGAGAGCAUCAAUGGAACCCUGAUGUGCCCGUACAGCCUGCAAGCUCAUCUGAGUGAUCAGAGCCUGGAGCCCAAAUUAAGGUAUCUGCGCUUGGAUGGAAAUCACCUGAGCCCCCCCAUCCCUCUGGAUAUCAUCAUGUGCUUCAGACAUCUCCAUGCUAUUGUCAUUUAAGAGAACCACGCCUCAAUGCCUGGGAGUGCGCACAACACAGCCAAAACACGCCCAGCGGAGCACAAACAGUAAAUUGUGCAGAAGUGCUUUAUUGAAAGACGGUGUGUUGAUUCAUAGCAUAAAAAAGUAAUGCUUUCAAAGUGCAAGCUUUAUACCUUUCUUGGAAAAUGACAUUUUAGGACUACAAACUGUAAAACAAAAGAUCCACCAGCAUGUAGCGGAGGUAUGCUGACGUGUUUUAAGUUGCAGUUUUUCUCUUUUCUUUCUUGUUUGUUUUGUUUCAACAAAAUCUACAAAGAGCCUGAAAAUACAGGUACAUUGCGAGGCAUGUUCCAGAUGUGGAGUGUAGUUAUGUUCAGGAGCAGAUGUGACCACAACUGAGCACUGUCAGAACAAACAGACAAACCAAUAAUAAUUAAAAAAAAGUUAAAACAUGACUACCAUGUAGUUGCAACUGUCCCAAAUGUGCCUGUGAUUUUCUAGGUGCUGCAUGUU